UUCUUCCCAACAAAAUCGUACAGCUGUACUAACAAAUGAACGACUAAACAAGUAAUUGAAAGUUCCUUUCACGAGAUAAGAUGGGUGUUAGAGAUGGAGCCAUAGUUUACUUUGACGGCGUUCUGAAGUUAUUAGGUGUUAUUCAUGGUAUGUUUGGCGGCUUGUUUAUUGUGCUGGGAAUCUUAGUAAGGCUUGUGGUUGAUCACUGGACCAGCCAAAUGCUUCUUCCAAUCUGGAUUGGAGUCAUAAUUGCUGCCACUGGGGUUAUUGCAGUUUUGGAUUCGAACAUGGAGAACGCUGAAAACUCCAAAAAGUAUUAUUUGAUCGACUUCCUGUUAUUCUCAGUAUUAUCCUUACUCCUGUCCACAAUGCUGAUCGUCUGUUACAGUAUGGCAGUACACACGGUAUUCACAGGUGAAGAGGUCGGAUCGUUCAGUUGGUAUGCCUACAACAGAACUCCUGAUCAGAAUGUUACACGAACCAAAACCUUAACCACAUUCGUGCUCAUUUUUUCCUGUUUAGAGUUUUUGCUAUGUCUCGGUUCCAUCGCAUACUUUACAUAUGCUUACAGACGAGAUUUCAAAAAGAAGCCGAAAUCGAGAAUUCAAGAGAAUGCACCGUGCUCUUACGCCAACGAAUACGUACAAUGCUAAUUUUUUCUUGGCGGUAAAACAGCAUUGAAAUAAGCUCUACGAAUGAUCGAAUGUUUAUAGCAGCUUCAAACGGCUCCAGUUCGAACUCAUUCCUUUGUUAAUGUUCAGCGGAAUUAUUUAACACAGUUCGACACACAGAUAGAAGUCUCUUUGGCUUAGUUGUAGUUUGCCAUGAAACAGAAUAUUGUGAUUAAUAAAAUAUAAUUGAUGUA